AUGGGAUUAUUGCAACGUGACGAUUCGUCCAGCGAGGAAAUAGGCGAUCAGUCUCUACCAACUUUUGUAUUGAAACUCACAAUGGACCGGUGUAAAUUCUUUCCUGCAAAGCCAUUAGGUAUUUUAGGAGGCAGUAUCGAUGAGACCGAGUCGGAGCUUCUGUCACCAGGAGAAAGGUGCUUGAUUGAUAUCAAGAAGGGGGUUCCAUCGAUGAUAGAGCGUUGGGCUAACGAUGCGGGUAAUAGUAAAGCCACUGGUUGGGUGAAGCUUGUGGUACCAGUCUCCAUUACAUGCAGGAUUGUGGAAACUGACACCAUCGAGAAGAGUCGAAAUGUGGGAGCCAGUCUAUUAAAAGGGACCGAAUUGCUGGAGGUUUGCGAGCCUCCAACCUAUGAAUUGAAACUGCUUUUGGAUCAGGUUAAGUUUUAUCCGCCCAAGCUGGCAGUCAUGGACGGAACCGUCAUGGAGGCUGAGGAAUCAUUCAACCAAAAGAACAACCUUCUGAAUACGGGGGAGAAAUGCUGGGUCCAUUUGCGUUCGCGGGUAUUAGCUCUCAUGGAAACCUUACAAGGCGCGAUUGAAACCAAUGGAGAGAAAAAGAAUAGCGCUACCGGGUGGCUUCGGUUUGCCAAGAGUCUUCCUGUCACCUGUAGCAUCAUGGUCAUUCCAGGUGUGACGGAACGCAAUCGAAAAGGCGCUCUGAUGCUAGAAUGUCAGGAAAUCAUUGACAUUCAGAUGCCCAACAGUGGUAAACCUACUAUCUUACGCAUUUCAGAGCGCAGCUUUCAGAGCAACCAGGAUCUUCCCACUCUUGCACCUCGUCCCGAACGGCAACGGGUUUUCGCAAAAUGGCUAGUUGCCACAUAUGGUGUCGAGAUGCUCUCGAAAGGAUCGGGUGUCUUGGACGUUGCAGGUGGAAAAGGAGAACUCAGUCAAGCGCUGUUUGACUUGGGUGUCAAGAAAUCCGUCAUUCUAGAUCCCAAUCCUCGGUGUGAAGGCGAAGUCACUUAUGAAAUUAUCAAGGAACCACUCGACGGAGACGGAUCUAGACUCACUGAUCGCACCGAUAGGGUAGGUGAUUUGGUUCGCUCCUGUUCCAUGAUCGCUGGGAUGCACCCGGAUCAAGCGACAGAGGCCAUUGUUGACACAAGUAUGAGACUCGGCGUACCGUUUGCGAUCCUUCCAUGUUGUGUCAUGCCAAAGUUGUUCCCAAAUAGGAGGCAAAAGCGCCAUGGCGACCCAGUUCGAUCUUACGGGACCUUUUGCCAGUAUUUGCUUGACAAGGCGCCAAUGGGGGUCGAUUUCCGAGUGGACCAUCUCUACUUUCAAGGACGCAACAAAGUCAUCUAUGUAACGGAAAUGAACCCGCGCUGUCAGUUUAUUGAAAAGAAACGAAAGCUGGAGGAGAACUUGGGUGCUACUUGA